AAACCAUCGGCCAUUUUCUAAAAAAAUAAAAAUGUAUAUACUUUUUAACCACAGAUGCUCGUCUUGCACCGCUCUGCGGUGCGCCACACAUGACAUAAUCACGUUGGAAAGCUUGAAAGACUCCAUCUCAUUUUUUUCUCGUUUUACCUUUUUUUGUAAAGGCCGUUUGACUUAUUCUUUGCACGUUCACUUUGUAAACACUUGCUCGGUACUUCCGCCUACGUCACGCGUGACCUAUGCGUGGAGCAUCUCAGAGCAGUGCAAGACGAGCAUUUGUGGUUAAAAAGUAUAUAAUUUCUUUAUUUUAGAAAAUGGCCGAUGGUUUCUCUAGAUAAGACUCUUAUUCCUCGUCUGGGAUCAUGUAGAGCUCUUUGAAGCUGCACUGAAACUGACAUUUGGACCUUCAACCUGUUGGACCCCAGUGAAGUCCACUAUAUGGAGAAAAAUCCUGGACUGUUUUCCUCAAAAUCCUUAAUUUCUUUUUGACUGAAGAAACAAAGACCUAAACAUCUUGGAUGACAUGUUUAGACAGUUAGACAUUAGACAAUUUUAUCCAAAGAAACAAACAUUGCAUACAUUUGAUCAAUUCAUGCAUAUAUGCUUAUAUAUAUAUAUAUAUAUAUAUAUAUAUAUAUAUAUAUAUAUAUAUAUAUAAAAUAUAUUAUUCAUAUAGGCUAGGUAUUACGUAAAAGGUGUGAAUGUCAUUGUAUAGAAAACAUAUUAAUCAUGUUCUCAGCUGUGUCUCAGGUGGACACGUUCCUUAACCACAAACAAAUGUAAAGUCUUCAUUAUAUCUAUUGUUUUAGUUGUUCAACCCAAACCAUUUUUCUCAAACAUUUCAAUUAAAAAGUGUUCUUGCAUUUAAAGGUGUCUCAAGUGUCAAAAUGCAAGCCACUGUAUUUUAUUGUGAUGGAAAAUAUACGUUAGUGACAAUAGCUUUUGUCACUGAUGCACAAUGAAAUGUUUAGGAUCUGCCCUUCCCCCAGAUUCAAAUCAAACAUCCACUGACCUGCUGUAUAUGCUUGAUAGCACUGUUGUGAUUGAUGCAUGAACUACCUGGGAAAUACAUUUUACAAACCAUAUAUAGAGACUUGCACAUGGGUAUUUCUUUAAUACUCAUUUAUAUUCCCCCAACUCAAUAGCAUAAAGAGUUGCUUCUUGUUUAAAGUUUAGAGAUGUGCAGUUUAGUUUUUAAUUAUUUUCUGUGGGCUGGUCUACGUGGUUAAAUCUUUAAUCUGGCCCGCUGGAUGAAAGUGGACACACAUAGACUCUCCAAAGGACUUUUUUUUCAGGAUUCUGCUCCCCCUUGCUGAGUUGCUCUCUAUCAUUGUUUCGCUCCGGCAUUAACCACAUUCCAGAGCGCCGCAGCGCCGCUCGUCUCCCUCCGCGCAUUCCUCUGACAGAAACUAGUCCCAAAUGCAUCGUUUGAUAAACGCAUCCUCGUUCGUUUCCACACUCAACAUCUCUCUGGAUUGUUGCGAAAUUCUCCGGGGGUAAUUUUAGGCGAGUUGAAUUCGCUGUAAACAAGUUUGCAGAAACAAUCACGGAAAAUCAAAGCGAGAAAAUUCCUCCGCGCAGCGCGCCAUUGACUGUAAAGACCUUUCAACUUUACAAAAACUGAAAUUGACAAACGUUCUCUUGUGUGGAAACUUUGUCACGACGACUGUAUCGCCACGAAUCGACAUACGGGGAUCAUGUAUCGUGACGAAACGACGGCGAUGGACUAAGUAAGCGCGAACAGUCAACGAUGGCUCGCCUGAGGCGGCAUUUUUCCGUGUAAAAUGCAGUUUGUGUUGUAGUUGACUAGUGCUCCGCGCGCUCCCCCGUUCAGCCUCCCUCAACUCGCUGCGCGACAUGGAUGAAUAUGACGAGGAUCCGGGGCGCAGAGCGAGCAAACUGAUGGAAAACCUCUCCAUAUAUGACGUUUAUCAGGAUGGGAUGUACGGGGAGCCGAACCCCGACAUGGAGAAAAGUAAACGAAUGAAUGGCAGCUCCGGGAACAAAGUCUACGGUGCGGCUCCCGUGCGCUCGGUCAAUGGAAACCGACCCUCAGUGCCUCUGGAUUUCUGUUCUCCGCAAAGGGAAGCGGUUUACCCCGAUCCCGACGCGUACUGCACCAAAUCCGAAGUUGCCUUGCCGUGUUACAGCGGCGCGUCGGACCGUCUCAGGAGAUACACGCACGCGGAGGUGCAAGGACACCGGUACAGCACUGGCUGCGCCUAUGACGGGCUUGUUCUGGGGAAACAGGUGCCCGUUCCGGGCGCAAGGAGCAACAGCUUAUGCAUGGCCAGCCCCGACGGCAGGUACGCGGCCACAAGCCCCCGGUCCAGCCUGGCUUCGACUCACUCGUCGCAGGAUCAGAGCAAACACACCAGCCCGAGGUCGAGUAUCAGCAGCCCGCGGUCCAGCCUGGUGUCACCCGGACAGGAGAAGUACUGCGAGGGGAACAGCGUGAUCAGCCCCCGGUCUAGUUACGCGAGCACGGCCAGCGACACCAGCAAACACUCCAGCCCCAGAACCAGCCUCACCAGCUACGACUGCGGGAGCAAACCGAGCAGCAACCGAACUAGCGGUAUCAGCAUGGGCUACGACCAGCGGCACAUCAGCCCCAGGUCGAGCACCACGAGCCCGCGCUCCAGCUACUCCGACUCGCGCUUCACGCCUGCGGGGAACCACGACCCAGAGAGCGCCGCGGUGCACGGCAUCCCCAGCAUCUGCAUCCAGGACGGCGGUGGGCGACCCAACUGCGUGGUCAGUCCCCGGUCGAGCAUCUCCAGCCACAGCUCCAGGAGCUCGCGUAGCUCCCGGGGAUCGAUGAGCGCCUAUCCCGAGCUCCAGCUUCCUUUGCCGGAGGACGCGCUGCUGCAGGACUUCACGGAUCCAAACGGCCUCCACAACAACCGCGUCCAUCUCCAAACGUUUCCCGAGCCACAACAGCAAAAUUCAGACGUCAACAUCGCGUUUAGCUACGGCAAAGCGGGCGCCGGGGGGCAGCGCUUCAAGCUGCCGUACCAGGUCACUCCAUCCCGGGACAGCGGCCCCAGUCAGGCGGAGCGGCGCCUGGAGGCCCUCACCCUGGAGCUGGAGAAAGAGCUCGAGAUGCACAUGAAAAAGGAAUAUUUUGGUAUCUGUGUAAAGUGUGGUAAAGGUGUUUAUGGAGCGAGUCAAGCGUGUCAGGCGAUGGGGAACCUGUAUCAUACUAACUGCUUCACCUGCUGCUCCUGCGGACGGAGGCUGCGAGGAAAGGCUUUCUAUAAUGUUAACGGAAAGGUGUACUGUGAGGAGGACUUCCUGUAUUCUGGAUUCCAGCAGACAGCGGAAAAAUGCUUCGUGUGUGGUCACCUCAUCAUGGAGAUGAUCCUGCAGGCUCUGGGAAAGUCAUAUCAUCCAGGCUGUUUCCGCUGUGUUGUGUGUAAGGAGGGUCUGGAUGGCGUUCCUUUCACCGUGGAUGUGGAGAACAACAUCUACUGUGUGAAAGACUACCACACGGUUUUUGCUCCUAAAUGUGCCUCGUGUAACCAGCCAAUCCUCCCAGCACAGGGUUCAGAGGAGACCAUACGGGUGGUGUCCAUGGAUAAAGAUUACCACGUGGAGUGCUAUCACUGUGAGGAUUGUGGUCUGCAGCUGAAUGAUGAAGAGGGGCAUCGCUGUUACCCGCUGGAGGGGCACCUGCUGUGCCACCGAUGCCAUCUGCACCGGUUAAAGACCCCUCUACCGCCCCACCCGCCCCCGAGUUACCCGCUACACGUCACUGAACUGUGAACACACGGACUCGCGCUGAAGAAGAGAACGAUGGAACGACAAGCAAGAGGAGAUAAAGACAGAGAAGUGUCUGUCCUUCCCCUAAACAAUAAACAGGGAAAUCGGUCUACAUAUUUCCACUUGUUUAGGGUUUAUAUGACCAACCAGGGAGGCUUUUAUUACUACUUUCAUCCCUCAUCACCUUCUUCCUCUCACGUUCCGGUCUCGUUCGCCGUAUCGAGGGGUUUUCGCUCCGUUCGGGACCCAGCAUGAGGUCUUCAGCACUGCCGCAGGGGAGUGGAGGGCGACCCGUGCCUGUCUUUCCUCCAAACGUGACCUCUGAAUGCCAGACAACAGCACUGAACACACAUACAGACUGAGAUUAUGACUUCCUGUGCCUUCAUCGAAUAUCCUGCGUCGAUCAGGCCGUCACCUCACUCACUGCCUUUGACAUGCACCAUUUCUGUAUGCGUGUGUCGUGCCGCUUUUUUGUGCCAAGCUGCCUGGGUGUUUAAAGGGACAUUUUACCAAAAGUGAAUCAUUUAUUCACCCUCAUGUUGUUCCAAACCGGUAUGACUUUAUCUUCCAUGGAAGACAAAAGAAGACAUUUAUUAAAAUGCCCUUUUAAGCCAAGACACUAUUGGCAAAACCAUUGUUUUUCAUUCCCUGGUUAAUUUUGAGAUUUUGUGUCCAUAAAAUGUUUUUAUUCAGACUGGUUGAAAGAAAACAUCCAAAAUACCCAUUUAGGUUAGUGCUCUCAAAUCGAUUAAUCGCGAUAAAUCACAUCUAACAUAAAAGUUUGUGUUUACAUAACGUACGUGUGUGUGUGUGUAUAUAUAUAUAUAUUACAUUUAUAUAUAUUAUAUAUAUGUUUGUUUGUGUAUACACACAUAUAUUUAUACAUAUAUGUUGUCAAACAAUUAAUCGCGAUUAAUCGCGUCUAACAUAAGUUUAUUUACAAUAUAUAUGCGUGUGUGUGUAUGUAUUAUUACAUUUUUAUAUAUGUAUAUAUAUAUAUAUAUAUAUAUAUGUGUGUGUGUUUAUGUAUACACACAUAUAUGUAUAUAUGUUUGUGUAUACACACACAGUGCUGUCAAACGAUUAAUCGCAUCCAAAAUAAGUUUGUUUACAUAAUGUGUUAUAAUAUGCUGUAUAUUUAUUAUGUAUAUAUAAAUACACACACGUGCAUGUAUAUAUUUAACAAAAAUAUAUUUAUAUAUAAAAUAUUUAUAUUUAUACAUAAUAUAAAUAUAUAUAUGUACAUGUAUACAUGUAAAUAUUUCUUAAAUAUAUAUGCGUAUAUAUAUUUUUAUACAUAAUAAAUAUACAGAGUACACACAUAUAUAAACAAACUUUUAUUUUGGAUGCGAUUGUGAUUAAUCAUUUGACAGCACUAAUACACACAUAUAUAUUUAUACACGUGUGUGUGUGUGUGUGUAUUUAAACCAAUGCAAAUGAGUCUAUAUUUAAUUCGAUAAUGCCUUAUUUGCAUAUUCAAACAUAACUUUUCAGAAAAUGUGUCAUUCAAAACUAUUGUCUCAGUGUACUGUGAAUAAUCAACUGUGGAAUUAUAGAGAUAUCUGUUUUUUAACCUGUGUUGUCUUAAAUUGUCUGUGAAUUGUACGGUUUUGGAAUGACAUGAGCGCGAGUAAAUAAUAGUGAACUGUCCCUUUAAGAAUCAAUGAAAUGCCUAAACUAGUGGCGGCAGUGGGCCGAACGCUGAUGCAUUGCUGGCACAAAGGUGGUAUUUUCUUCACCAGGUGACAUUGUCAAACCUGCUGUGUAUAGCAGGACUAACAAAUGUAUAUUUUGCAGAAGUCUGACAUUGAAUCUCUCUGGUUGGAGUCAGAGAGGCCGUUACGACCUGACACCAGCACAACGGGGUUGGAUCUGUGAACACGGAGGAUCUUCUCCGUCAAACUCUUAUAUGUCGUGCUCUUCAGACACUGGUUUGUCUCUGGAUGAGGUGCCUUCCUGCCUUACAUAUUCCUUAAUGUAGAGGAGACGCACUGUAAUGUGUCUCAGAAGACUCUGAAGGGACUCUGAUGUGCGCAGGGGUCAAAGUUCAAGCCUGGAUUUGCUGGAUUCAACCAGGCCAGCCAGAGACCACCUGCAUUUGUCCUGCAAUUUGUGUUUGUGUGUGACCCGGUGCCCGAACCAGCCGUGAUGCAAUGAAGCCACAAGCAGCAGAACAUUUUGCACAUGUCAGAAUAACAGUCAUGAACACUAUAACACACAUAGAAAAGAAUGAUGUAACAUGACACAAAUGAAAGCUCUCUUAUAUUUUGACUAGAUUCACAUAAACGCUGGAAGCUUAUUGCAUUGCAUCUGGUUAGGACAUGUGAGUGUGUACGUCUGUGUGUGUGUCGUUGUGUAUAUGUUCAUGUACACUGGUGGCUGGGCCACUCUGUGUGAUUGUGUGUGUCAUAUACAGUAACCCUGAUAAGUAUUUAGACACUUUAAAACAUCUGAACGUCAUUGCAUUACACUCUUAGGAAAACAAAGAGGUUCUAUAUAGAACUCCAAGGUUCUUGACUCACUUUAUGCCAAAAAGGUUCUAUAUCAGGAGAAAUGUCUUAAAGGACAUUUUCACAAGAUGUAAUAUAAGUCUCUGGUGUCCCCAGAAUGUGUCUGUGAAGUUUCGGCUCAAAAUACCCCACAGAUCAUUUAUUAUAGCUUGUCAAAUUUGCCCCUAUUUGGGUGUGAGCAAAAACACACCAUUUUUGUGUGUGUCCCGUUAAAUGCAAAUGAGCUGCUGCUCCCGGCCCCCUUUCCAGAAGAGGGCGGAGCUUUAACAGCUCGUGCUUCAUUUUGUUCAACAACAACAAAGCUGGAGAAUCUCACGCAGCCAAAAUGAGGAUUGUCAGUAGCGGUGUUCAGCCUUACAUUGUUCAAACCGGAGUCGACACUGAUGGAGAGACUCAGGAAGAAGUUACAACUUUUAGAAUGAAACUGGACGUUUCUGAAUGGUUAGUGGAUAAAUUUAUGUAGUUGCUGUGGAGUUGAUUCAACUCAUCGACUAGCAUGUGCCGUCAUGUUAAUCUUUUGUGCAAAUCCAGCGUUGAAUUGAUCCUCGUUUGUGAAGCAGUCCGACGUAAAAUGACGGCAUGUCAACAACACUCUACUACAACAACUCUUCCUCUUCUCUAAAGCAGCCCAACGUGGCCUCACCCGCUUUGUUGCAUGUUCUCGGGGGCGGAGUUUAUGUAAAUUUUGGGGUUAGUGAUGUCACCAACCCAGGAAGAAGCUUGUUGUAGUCCCUACCAGCUGUUUGUUGUACUCCUUAAAAAAGAAAAUAUCUCCCUUUGCAUUGAACUUUGAGCGUCGUAACUUUGCAGAUGUUUUCAUGCUCAAACAGCAACAUUACACACUAACUAAAGUUAAAAAAGUGAAAUCAUAAUCAACCACUCCUUUAAAUGAUUGCAUACUAUUUUCAUUUAAAAGAAAAUUCUGGUGGCAUGUUAUGAGUUGUUUAAUUCAUAAAGUUUAAUUCGUUAAAACAAUCUAUAAAAUGAUUCCAUGAUGGAACCCCUAUAUAUGAAGUGCCUGACGGAACCCUUUAAGGUUCCAUAUAGAACCUUUUCUUCUAAGAGUGUAGAUAAAAUAUCAAUGCAAGUGUCAUUUAUUAUAAAGGAAGUUGCACAAACACUUUGGACACAAAAAGUUGUUUGUGUUUGAAAUGCUGUAUUCAGUCAGUAUUGUGUUUGUGGUUAAAACUGACUUCAUACAUGCACUAAAAUCACCAAAACGCCCGCUGAUUAAAAAACACUGAGCCUUCAAACACGAGGAAGAAAAGAUCUAAUGCAGCCAUGUUCAGAGUGUUUUAAGCGUGACAUAAAUGCUUGUCGGGUCCGCUGUACACACUUCUCCUGUUCCACACAGACGUCUGCUGUGAUACUACUGACAGAAACAGGCUGUAUGUGUUUUCUGACCUGAGAAGAUCUGAUGGAGAGCAUUGUUUCUUAAAUCCAGUGAUUUUUUUUUUUUUUUUUUAUCUGGUGUACUCAUGUGAAGAUGUGUGUUUGCUGACUGAUUACUGUACCGGAAGCACAUAACAUCAUCCUGACCUGGUUUUUGGUGAAAAGGGUUUCCUGCAGAUUUAUUCUGGAUUAACGUACAGCGUCUGUGACAUGCUGUCGACUCCCAGAGAAAAUCAUCAUGUUUUUUCUUACCAUGCACUUUCUGUGGUAAUCGACAGCAUGAUUAUUCAGUAUAAUGACAGAAUAUUCCUCUAAACAGUUCAGUAACCUCUGAUUUUUCCACUUUCAGAUCAUUCCCACAAGUGUGUUUUUUUUUUUUUUUUUUUUUUAAAGUUCUCCACGUUGUCUUAAUCCACUUUUAAAACGUACUACUAUUGUAUAGCACAAGUCUAGAGUCCCUGUAAAUAAACAGUGUAGAAUGUAUUUCCUGCAUUUAUCGGAGAUUCCAUGAACGGUAGCUUUCCUUCGGUUAGUUCUUUAAAAAUGCACAUCUUACAUUCUGUUGCAUCACCUUUUUUAUCGUACAAUGUUUUGAUUUCCUAGAUAUUUCAUAAAUAAAGAAAAAGCAAAGUAGAUUUAUUUAUCUAAACGUGAAAAGUUUAAAGUUAUUUAAUGUAUGAAAAGUCUGGGCGUAUCAUUUAACCGUAGAUUUAUGUAAUCUGCUUUUUCAAUAAAGUGGUUUUUGUAGUUAACUUAA